UCCAGCCAGAAGAGAAAACUAUAUUGGAACCAUUCUGUGUCGAUUAUAUCUAAAAAAAAUAGGCCUGAUUACAUGGGUCAAUUUAACUAGUCAUUUAGUGGAUAGAUCGGAUGCUUAAAAUGCGACUGUUUCUUGCAACACUUCUAUAUGCCGCCACAUCAGUGCCAAAUGUCGCCGCCAGGGGUCGCCUUAUGGAGCCCACGCAGAGGUCAAGUCUGUGGACACGAGGCUUCGACUCACCUGUCAACAAUGACGACUCCGGUUUGAACUGUGGUGGUAUGUGGACACAACACGGUGUAAACGGCGGCAAAUGUGGCGUCUGUGGUGAUCCCUACAACAUCCGUCCCCGUCCCAACGAGCCAGGGGGUAUCUAUGCCAACGGAAUCGUCUCUAACAAGUACACAACCAACGACACCUCAAUCCUCGUCGUGGUGGACCUUCAGAGUUUCUUGGGCGGCCAUUUCGAGUUUCGUAUCUGUCACAACAAUGACCCGAAGGUCUCCGUGACGCAGGAUUGCCUCGACGAACAUCAGCUCAAAGUCUGGGACGUUUUCAGCCAAACGCCUACAUUGAGGUAUUUCCCAAAGCGCCUUGGCAUCCAGAGACUCCGGGUUGAGCUACCCCGAGGAAUGGUGUGCGAACUGUGCGUCCUUCAGUGGAAAUGGAAAACGGCCAAUAACUGGGGCAGGUGCGCUGACGGAACGAGUCGUUUAGGAUGCGGCCCUCAGGAGGAAUUUUACAACUGCGCCGACAUUUCUAUCGAGGAAUCCACAAACCCUUUCAACAUCCCCAGCAUAAACGACCUAACACGGGCCUCGCCCAUCGUCUCCAAGAACCUCCACACCUCCAAUAUGGACAUAGGCUACGAUAGUUUCGCCGACAACGAAAUUGCUGUAGCCCCCAAUGCAAUGCGUUUUUUGCCUAAGGACAUCGUUCAAGCCGGAAAUAUCGGCCCAGUGAUUCCGAAGUUCGAUUUCUUCGACGCAUCAACUGCUGCUCCAAAAAUAAACAGUGACAAUGUUCAACAGAGCAACAUAGCUAUUUCAAAAGGCGAGAAAUCGGCUUCCGUCUUGGAAUUAAAGUUCAACGGAGAGGUAAAGGCAGAGUCGUCAACCGCAACUGUUGCAACUGGAAACACUGUUGUAGAUUCGCAAGUAGGUACGGUUAAUUCUCAAGAGUUUGCAAACAAUGAAACAAGCGUUAAUGCAACUGAGGCGAGGGCUGUAAUAAACGUCACAACUGUUACUGACGUAGAAGUAAACAAUGACACCGUUACAGACAAAUCUACCAAUGACUUAAACACGACAUCUUUGGAGUCUACGACAUCCUUGGAGUCUACGACCUCAAACUCAACUCAACUCAAAGGCGAUUUAACAAUAGAACAAAACAAUGCAACUGGAGUCGCCAUAUCAUUUGAACAGAGUAUAGCAACUGAAACAGUAGUAGCUAAUGAAACAACAACUGCAGUACCCGAAAAAACGUCGAAUGCAUUAGCUACCGAACCAGAGAUCACUACUGAAAAGAUUAACAGAGGAGGGAUAGCCAUUUCUGCUUUUGGCAUUGGUGACGUGUCCCUCGGAGGAAUGUCAGUAGUCGUCGGCAUGGGAGCCGGAAACAGCACCAAGGAUGCAUCUAACGACGUGGCUGCAGAGACCAACGCUCGAGUCCGACGCCAGGCGGGCCGCAUGCCCCCACCACCGGGACAGGAAGGUCAGGGCACGGUCUCCUUUGGGGGCCUCAUAGGGGACUCAUUCGGGUCCAGCUCAUCCAGGACUCAGCACGUGUUUAUGACAUCAUCGGACUUUCAGCAACGUGGCGCUUCGUCAAAAACCGAUCCCGCAAACAUUGAGGCCCUAGGGGAACUUGACGCUAUGGGUAGCCCAGUAAGCAGUGACCGACGCAAGCCGAUGGGCACAAUCGAUCUUCAAAUACAGAACACCCAGACAGAUUAUGCAAAUGAAAUGGGCCAGUCGCCUCUGGAGUCUACUGCGCCACAAGGAUCUUUAAAGAUCCCCAAACCGCCCAGACAGUCCACCGCUGAACUACGCGCCGCUAUUGCAGAUGCUCCUCUGAUAUCUUCGUCUGUUUCUGGGACGAGUAAGAGUAACUCGCCGGCGGAUCUGCUGGGAGUCAGCUACAUUGAUGAACUGUCGGAAGGUCAGUCCAACCAGGCCGAAACAUCAACCGCCGCGCGCCACGGAACGAUGAUCGUCAGUGCGGAUCAACCAAUCAAAGGAGGCGGUUCAAAAGUGGAAUACCUCUCUGAUAGAACAGGUUCGUCAAUGUCGGAGUCUUUGGGUGACACGCGGGCGGAAAUACGAAGCGCCACCAUGGGGAUGAACAGAUUCGGCUACCAGCCAACAGCAGAACAGGUGCUCGCUGGGCAAGUGGGAAUCGAUCACCCCACACGACAGAUUGACACUACCGACCAGGAAACUACCGGGACAGCUGCAAAUGACGCCGCUAGAUCGGUUCCCAGCAUUCUUACAUCCAUUCUAGGCGCUGGGGCGGAUGCCAAAGUCACUGACGAACAAUUAGAUCCUGCAGUGCAGAAAACCAGAGAACAGCUCAUUCGUCAACUGGGCGAGGCCAUGGGAGUCAUUGGUGACAACGCAUUGGUUGGAGGAGGAUCUAAUGCCGGAAAAACGGGCGUAGUCGGGGCAAAUGAAGGCAAAGUGGGCGGAGGAGGAGGAGGAGUUUCACCUAACAACAGAAGUGGAAAUGAGGUGUUUGGAUUGGAAAGCGGUGUGAACUUGCCUACUCAAAAGCCUCAGAAACAAGCUGCUAACGCUAACUCUCGCCCUCAAAAAGCUAUUUCAAAUAAUGAUCAGCAGCUUGGUUCGACUCUCGAACAAGGAAUGUUCGACACAGCAAUGACCCCGUCAAAGCCAAGCAGUUCCCAAACGUCUUCAAGCUCUGUAAUCUCUGUAAGCUCUGUAAAGGCGUCGACAGUUGGUUCUGAGUCGGCGGAUAUGUCAAGUCUUAAAAUCCUUCAACAGGCUGGACUCGACCUUGCUACUCUGAGAGCUGCAGGUAUUGACAUUAACUCAUUGAUGGGCAACAUGAAUAUGGAAACGCCUAACUCGAAACCAGCAAUACAAGAGGUUACACCGACUCGACGGCCAGCGACCGAUGUGACAACAAAGCAAACGCUACGUCAGUUGGCCAUGGGAUCAAAGCCGUCGCCUACGGAGCCCUCUUUAGUUCAUACGCCUCAAGAACCAAAGCCAACAGAUGUGGUCGACAUUGGUACCGCCGGUCUGUCGCUUGAGGAAAUGAUGGCGAUUCUAAACAUGGAACAACAGGUCCAGUCCGGCGGAUCUGCAACAAACAUCGGCACUGAAAGUGUUCUGGCUAAACGGGCGGUUAAAACUACCGAACCAGCAACUUCAACAGCUGGAAGUAGCAAACAAAGAACUGAUAACGCAAAUGGAUCGCUUAAAACAAAGACUGGAGCACAAGCGGUAAACAACAAAAUUGGUAUGUUUGGAACAGGUAUAGAGCAUCAAGCUGCCACUACCAAUGUUAAGAAUGAUGUCGGUAGGCUAGGAUCGGAUUUUGAGUCUCAGAUUGCAAACACUGAAAUCGACAUGUUUGGAUCUGGAACCGAAAGUCAAGCUGUAAAUAACAACAUGGACAGAUUCAGCACUGUAACAGGAGUAUCACAGAACAUGAAAACAUCGACGUCCACAUCGUCUUCUUCCGUUUCAAGCACCAAACCAAAGGAUGGUCCAACUAUUGGUACAUUGACAAUACAAACUCAAAUGCAAGAAAGCGCACUAUCUCAAGAAAUUAAUCCUAAUAUGAAAUAUUCACCGAAAACUCAAAGUACUGCGUUCGAUACCGUCCUUAUGGAGGCGAAAGCUAUUCCAACUGAUGUACAAAAGAACACAGGACAAGUGUCAACGACUUCAACGAAUGCAACUAAUAGCUCUGCAAGUCAAGUGGGAUCGCAGACAUUAUCAUUUACCCAGGAAGAUCUCGCAAUGCUUCAAAACGACCCACUUCUAGAUCUUUUCGGCGGAGAUAUGACCGCUCUGCAACGCUUCAUUACCACUGGAAUUAUUGAUGGUGCAGAAACCCCAUCAACCCCAAAGGGUAACAUUUCGGCAAUAACAUCCGUCACAUCGACAACAAACACACAGGCGGUUCAGGCGCCACCUCAGGUGAACAGAGGCAACACCACUCAAUCGACUGUGAUGACUAUGGAAGAACUUUUCACGGCAACUGGAAAUAACCCGCAAGGCACAGGACCAGAAAUGAGUCAAGCCGAAAUGGCUGCAAUGGAGCAGUACAUGAUUUCUCAAGGUUUAUUUGGCAGAGCAGGAGUCAAUGAAGGCAUCAUAGAAACUCCAAAAUCAUCAACUGGCAAUGUCGACUUAGUAGGCAAAGCGACAGCAACAACGUCCACCCAGGCGCAACGUACUGUCAUUAAUGGUAAAGAAGACACCGAUUUGGGAACACUGAUGAAAACUAUUCAAUCCACUGGAACCAAUGUGAACGCUGCAUCGCAAACGAUAAGCUUGGCCGAUAUUCUUUCGGGGAACGUUAAUAUGCAUGCUUCAAUAGAUUCUAGUGCACAAACAAAGAGCACAACUGCGGAACAGACACAAGCCAGCACCAAACUGGUUGGACUUGACUCUUUUACUUCUGAUGCAAAAAUGUCAGCUGAACCUACUGUUAGUACUUCCACAAGUACAGCCAUCGUCACCACAGAACGACUUUCCAGUGGAUUGGCGAUUGACACGCCCACUACAACAUUAGCAACAUUAGCAAUUGGCAACAACCAAGCCGUUGACGCUCCAAUUUCCAUUUCUGGUAUGAUAAGUGAACCCGUGUUUGAUUCACAGAAUAGCAAAACGGACGGCGUCAAUACCUCCAAACAGUCCACAGUCGUGACAACAAUUGAAACAAAUAUUGGACUGAGCACUAGAAAUAACGGACAGACCCAGCAACAGACAUCAGCAACAGAUACAAUGGCAAUGGCUAGUAAUAUGAAUUUCAAUGAAGUUCAAUCGAAUUCACAAUCUUCUUCAGCAAAAGCAACAACGACGACGCAAGCUGAAAGGGCACCUCGUGUAAAUGAUCAACAGUACAAUUCAAUGGAAAAUCAGGCCCAGCGAGAAAUACAGAUUUUGAUUCAGCGUCAGAGAGAAGAGCUCCGGAUGCUAGAGGACCAGAAACGAAUACAACAACAACAGUUACUGGCUGAGAAACAGAGAAUGGAAUUCGAAAGGCAACAGAUGGCCAUGCGCAAACAACAAAUGGAAAUUGAUGCAAUGCGACAAGAAAAAUUUCGGCAACAGCAGCUCUUGGAACAACAGAAGCAACAAAUGGAACGCGACAGGCUACGCUUAGAACAGGAACGUAUCCAAGCUAUCGCUGUCGCAGAGAAAAGGGCAGCUGAGGAAGAACGGUUGCGUCUUGAAAGACAGCAACUUUUGGCGGAACAAGAAAGACAACGUCAAGCGCAAAUUGCUCUUCAAAAAGCUGAGGAGGAACGACAACAGCAGUUCGAAAUUCAGAAACAGAGGGAAAUAGAGCUUGCCCGACAAAAGGCUAUUGAUGAAGAAAAGCAGCGUAUAGAGCUUGAGCGGAUACAACAGGCUGAACUAGCAAAGCAAAAGGCGUUAGAAGAAGAGAAAAGAAGAAUGGAAGAGGAACGCAAAAGGGCGGCAGCAGCAGAGGAAGUGAGAAUGUUAGCGGAAAUACAGGCUGCAAUGGUCAAAGAGGAACAGACGAAAGCUGCUGCCGAAAAAGCUGCUGCGGAGAAAGCUGCGGCUGAAAAGGCCGCUGCUGCUAAAGCUGCGGCGGAGAAAGUGGCUUUGUCAAAAUCUGCGUCCUUAAAUAUUACGGCAUCUGCAGGGCUAUCCAGUGCAGACGCUCAAAUGCUUGCUUCAUUAUUGGGAGGCCAAACAAACCAAGCUGGUGUUUCUGCGGGUCUUGCUGCCCUUGGUCUUGAUGCGAACACACUUAUGAAAAUGAUCGGUCAACCUCUGCCAACUGUGCAGGCGGUGGUAACAACUCCAGCGCCAAGAAAGAUACCAAUUAGACCGGAUCCUCAAACCAGAAAUGAAGUACGGCAAAUCUUCCUUGACAACAUGAGACCUGGGGUCGAUCCAUUGUCCAUACUUGUAGGAUUCACACCUGAAAAAUUAAUGAGAGCUGGCGUCAAUCCAAUGAUCGCACAAAGCGCUGAUCUGGCACAAAUAGUUCCAGUUGUAGAACGAACCCUUGGUAUUCAACUUAAAAUGCUUCCAACUCGAGGAGGAGCAAGAGGUAUGGGAGGACCUAUGGGACAACGGGAUCCAUUCGGCGGACUUCCAACGCCUACUGAUGGUAACCAGAGGCGUCAAUUCCUGCUAGAGCAAAGGAUGAUGAAUGAAAUGAUGCAGGUGUUCGGAUUAGCGCCUGAGCCACUGGAACCGGGUGACCCGGGUUAUCGCGGACCUGGUGCCACUGGAGCAGGAGCUGCUCCUGGGGCAGGUGGUGCUGCGGCUGGUCCUUUUGAUCCCGAGGCUCAGGCUAUGGCAACGCAGGGAGCAUAUCCAGACAUGGCCGGGAUGGGUGGGAUGGGUGGAAUGGAUAUGGGGGGCAUGGGUGGAGGGGUGGGAGGAGGGGCGGCGGGGGGAACGCAAGGGCGAAUGAUGGAAAUGCUCGGGUUGUAG